UUCAUUUCUUGUGGAAGGUCUAGUAAAUGAGACCCUUUGGUAGAAAAACAGUGCGAUGUUGAAAUAUUGGUUGUUUUGCGGUGUGCUAUGUAGUAUUACAUUGGUGAUUCGUGCGGGGGAUAUGGGUCCCGGUGUAUGGAGCGUGCACUUCAUAAAGAAAUGUGAAGAGGAGGUGCACAAGUUCAAGUUUGAUAUUGUUCAGAAGAAAAUCAACAGAACCCACGACGGCUUCAACGCAGACCUUAUAUUGGAGGAAACUUUUAAUAGUGAUUUUGGAGUCCGCAUCGACAUAUGCAAGUACGUAGACGGCGGUUGCAAGCAGUACCAGGUGUUAUCCGACGACUGCUUCGUGAACUUCGUCAAUAAAUACGCAGAAAACAACGUCAGGAAUUGCUUGGAAAUUGCUGGGGUUGAUCCACCUGAAUUCCCUAUUAAAGAGGGGGAGUACCACGUGACGGGCUACGAGUUCGACUACAGCGAGCUGCCUUCGGACGGCAUGUACGGCAUCUACUGCGCGAGAGCGUUCAUCCUGAGAGGCUCGCAGGAGACCGGCUGCGUUGAGAUACAUGUCGAGUUCAAGGAAGUAGAGGACGACGAUGAUGAUUGUGAUGAUGAAUAGGAGUUAGAUAUAUUAUGUGUAUUGUUCAAAAUUGUAAGGUUGUUCUAAAUUAAAUAGUUUGCUUGUUGAAACC